AUGAUGCGGGAAACAAAUUAUGGGACGAAUCGAUCGAAUCACAGCACAAGUACGGUGAAUCGAGGAUCCGGCGCUUAUGAUAAAGUUUAUGAGCCACCAUCAUCCGGCUACAACACCACCCACAGCACUAACUACACAACUAUCAAGAAUUUGCCUUCAUCUGAUUACAACUCUGGUCACAACUCUGGUCACAGUACCGUGAAAACCAUUUACACAACGGGUGCCACUCCUCCACCGGCUCCUGUCCUCAAUCCGGAUAGAAUUUUUAAUGCAGGAAAUUCGGACAAUGUGUUCACUAGUAUGCGCUAUGAGAAAGGUCCUCGAGAUAUCACCACAAUCUCCUCAACUGUCCACUUGCAACCUGGCGAGAAUCCCCAGAAGAAACUCGACGAAAUCUACAAAUCUCUAAUGCAAAUUCGU